AUGAUAACUUCAACAACGGCAACAACAACAACAACAACAACAACAACAACUUUUAGAUUAUUUAGAAAUGUUAUAAAUAACAAAUAUUUAUGGAGAUUAAUUAUAGGAUGUAUUAAAGAUAUACAUCAACAAAAGUUUACAGAUUACUUUUGUUCAGAUGUUGUUAAAGUUUAUAGUUGGAAUCAACUACUUGUAACACCAAGAGUCUUGUUACAGUACAAUUAUUUCGAUUAUUAUAUCGAGUACAAGGAACGUAAUUUACAAUGUUAUUCAAGUGAUACUGGUGAGUACUGGAGUGCUCGGGAAGUAGUGUUGCUCAAUUUGGAGAGCAAGAUUGAUAGUGUCGGAUUUGUUAGACGUUACUAUCAAAAGUACUGGGACAAUACCUUUAACAGUGGAUGGAAGUUCUUUUUACGAUCUUUGGCACAGUUGCCCAAAGAACCGGCCAAUGCUGGGUCGGUUGGGAGUCGUGACGAUAUCAAGUUACUUGACGAGAUGUUGGAGCGUUUUGGGAAGUCACCCGAGUCGAGGAAACCCGUCGACUUUAUCGAUUAUGCAUGCGAUAUUGAAAAGUAUGAAUACUAUCUCGCCAAAGGCUACAAGAGUACCAAUCCAAUGGAGAGAGCAGCUGCAAGGGGCGACUUGGAGAUGGUCAAGUAUCUGCAUUGUAGACACUCUCCUCCUCUUCAUGGAUACAGCACUCUGUCUUGGUACUUUCCAAUCAGUCAGGGUAACAUUGACAUUGUGCAAUACUACUACCAACAAAACAUUCCAGUUGGAUUCAAUCAUUUCCACAUUGAAGAUUGUUGUUCCAAUGGUCAUUUGGCAAUGCUACAACUACUGUAUCGCAUGUCACCCAAUCAUCCUGGUUGGGAGGGAGGUGAACCAGAGUUGUUGGAUGACGAGCAUCUAUUGUCGUCAGCGUGUCAAAGCGGAAGCUUCACCAUUUUUAAUAAAAUAUGGAGUCUUGGUCGACCGAUGGAUAGAGUCAAAGGUACUCCUUCUAUGAUAUCUAUUGUAGAGGGUGGAAACAUAGAAAUCAUUUCUUUUCUCAAUGACAACCAUCCCUACCCCAGAGACAUUUGUACGUCGAUGGGUAUCUCUCGUGCCAUUCAAAUCGGAACCAUUGAAAUACUCCAAUUCCUCCACUCCCAUUGUCCAUCUGUAUUUAAAGGUGAUUAUAAUACUGAGCUCACCAUUCAAAGUAGACCUAAAUAUAUUAAACAAUUCUUUAUAGAUAAUAAACUUGUUUAA